UUUACCUUCUCCCUCCCACAGGGUGAUUUCUCCCUCAUCAUAGAAGCGUGGCACGACACAAGCUCGGAUACCCCUAAACCAGGUACGGCAUUACUUACCUAACUAUUCUACACACCCUUAUAAUACCAAUCUAGUCUUAAAAUUCCGUCUUGGCGAGACUGUUCUGUUACCACGAUGACAAAGUUACAAGCUCACAUCGACACCACAGCCCCCAAACCGUAUCAAAAACCUCCACCCCCAUCUCUCACCCCUGACACUAUCUCACCCCUGACACCAUCUCACCCCCCCCCCCAUCCCCCCCCCCACCCCAUCCCACCCACCCACCCCCUCCCCCACCCACCCCCCCCCCCCCCCCCCCCACCCCCCCCCCCCCCCCCCCCCCCCCCCCCCCCCGCCCCCAUCUCACGCACCCACUCCCAUCACAACACUGACCCCAUCUCACCCACCCACCCCCAUCACAACACCGAGCCCAUCUCACCCACCCACCCCCAUCGCAACCCCGACCCCAUCUCACGCACCCACUCCCAUCACAACCCCGCCCCCAUCUCCCCCACCCACCCCCAUCACAACACCGACCCAUCUCACCCACCCACCCCCAUCAUAACCCCGAGCCCAUCUCACCCACCCACCCCCAUCACAACCCCGACUCCAUCUCACCCACCCAUCCCCAUCACAACCCCUCCCUCAUCACUACCCCACCCCCACCACCCCGCCAUCACAAACUCAUCCCACCAUCACCACCCUGCCAUCACUUGACCCAUGUUUCCCCCAAGCCGCGUGCCCAUAGUUCCGCCAAGUAAAGGGGGAGUGUAAUGCCAUAAAAGAAAUGUACCAAUGAAUGUCUCACUUCUUUCCUCUGCAGGUCAGCACAUCUAUUAAUAGCUUUCCUUUGGAGUAGAAACGCUGGUAAUCUCGUUCACUUGUUGCAUAAUUUUAGUUUUGAGAAGAAAAAAAAACCACUUUUCUUUUUUGGAGCUCCUUUGUGAAUGGCGACUUUUACCCAAAAAAAAUCCUGUUUUGUAUUUGUUAACACGUGAUUUGAAUUUGUUGUUCAACUAACUGAGCCUGAUCCCCAUCUUCAUCCUUAGUCAGUUCACAAACAAUCACGGGACGUAGAAUCCGAUGAAAGCAUUUAAAACUACCGGUAAUGACAAAUCGAAUCACUUGGACUAGGAGCAGUGAUUGAAUGCUGGUGCCAUGCCUAGAGUUGGCCGACACUGGAAGCAGUCGUUUCUUUGUUUGUGUGCCUCGUCCACACGCUAAGAUUGCACUUGCUUCAUUCGAUGUGUGACUUUACGGUAGACGGAGGCACAAGACAGCGUGACACGGACGCUUUUAAUGGCAACCCAAAGCUAAUGUGACAGAAACUGUCAUGACAGCACAGGAUAGUGCACCGGCGUAGGCCGUAGGAGGGUGUGGCGGAGGGAAGGGGGGGGGCUGUCCGCCCCGGGCCGGGAAAAGCGCCUAUUGUUAUAUUUGAGGGGUGGCUCUUUCGGCCUGUUGAAUAAUAAGAAAACUGUGACAACACAGGACAUUGUGACAGAAACUGUCACGGCCACACAGGACAUUGGGACAGAAACUGCCAUAACGGCAACAUAGGACAGUUUGACCCACUAAAUUCCACCGAUGCUGUGCCCUCGGCUGACGCCCAUUCUGCCCCACCCUGGCCGCCCAACAACGCGCCGUAUGGUCCUAUCGAUUGUUGUACAUUUUGAAUUCGAUGGAAUGUUUACUUUGCUGGGCCACUACGCUGUGGGGUAGUAAUACAUGGAUAGGAGUAAUUGUGGAACAGUGAACAGGAAUUGGUAGCAUGGAGUACAAGGUCAUGGUCAGCGGCGGUUCCUGUUAAUUUGUUAAUAAGGUCACUCCAAUCAAGCCGAGUUGUUUCUAGUCGCCAAACCGCGCCCUUCCCACCCCACCCCACCCUGUCCCUGCCGCCCCGCUCCACUCCCCCCCCCUUCCCCCAACCGAGUGUUUAUGUGACCAAAAAAAAGUUUAUCGUCGCUUUAUCAAUUGCACUUGGAGGAGUUGGCUAAAGCUUUAGAGACAUUGGUUUCGAUUGGCUGGGACGGUUGCAUUCACCUGUAUGGUUGUAUUUGAUUGGUUGUUGUGCCGAGCGUGCGCCUGACGGGCUACCAUCUGUCACUAAGCCCACAUGGCAGUUCCCAGUAGAGUUGUUCAACUCUCAGUCCCCAGGUACCGCUGGAUGUGGACUUUCCAUGACCCAUAGCACGUCCCAGGUAGGAGGCACUCAACUAUUGACGACACACGGGUGACAUGAGAAGGAUGGGGUCUCUAUGGGCGAUAGACUUAACCACAGAACGGAACAGAUAGAUUUAACCAUAGAACGUCACUGACAGAUUUAACCAAAACACCGACAGACUUAAACACAGGACAGCACUUACAGUUUUAACUACUGAAUAAGCACAUAUAGAUAUAGACUUAAAUGAAGAACAUCCCAGAUAGACUUACCCUCACAACAGCUAAGAUAGACUUAACCAACCCCCGAAAAGCACAGUUCUCUCAUACUAAAGCUCAUCACAUCUCAUAAAUUGUUGAGAUAAUAGAAUGUGUGUAGCUUGCACGUAAUGCACGUAAAUACACCCCAUAUCCAACCACACCCCAUAUCCAACCACGCCCCAUAUCCAACCACGCCCCAUACACAACCACACCCCAUAUCCAACCACGCCCCAUAUCCAACCACGCCCCAUACACAACCACACCCCAUACACAACCACACCCCAUAUCGAACCACACAUUCAAGGACGACCCCCACACAUACAACCAAGAGACCGUACACAUUCAGCCACGAGCCCCCACACAUACAACCAACCGGGAGUCCCCACACAUAUAACCACGAUUCCCCUCCCACCCCCACGCACACGGAGUCUCACACACAAACCAAGCUCUACUCCUAGUGAAGAAAUAAACCAAGAUAUAUCAAAUCCGGCCUUGACCCUGAUUUUAAUCCAGGUGAAAACAGAUGGCCAAGGACCCACCUCACCCCUUUUUAAUAGUCUUUUUACGCUCAAGGUCAGAGCGAGGUCAAUCAAGUCCCAGCAGAUGUAUUCCUGAAUUAUUCUUUCUUUCCCCCUCCUCCCCCCCCCCUUUUUUUCCCCCCACCCAAGAGUCCCCCAAGACACCUGUUCCUUUACUUUUUCGUUCCCAGCUGAUAGUCCCCAGGUCUCUCUCGUGUACCCUAAUUCAUCUCUUGUGCCCAUUGUUACUGACUGUCCACCCCUUUUGUCUCCUGACUCCACCCCUCUCCCCCCCCCCACUCCCUCCCUGUCCACGGUCUGUGGAGGCUCGCCAUCCCUCAAGUGUUUCCGUUAGCUUCUUCCCACGGUCUGUCAGGAUUUGAUAUCUCCCAUGAUUAUUGUCCGCUCGGCUGGUCACAACUCAUCAUGGCUCCACGCUAAUGUUGGUGAACUUUUGAGCAGCGGUGGCCAGUGAACAUUUAAAGCUGCCACAGCAAGUUUGACGAACAGGAAAAACAGACUCUGUUCGUGUGUGUGGUGGGGGUGGGGGUUGGGGGGCACUAUGAACGCUUUGAUUCCAGUAAUUAACUGGCAGCAACUAAAUUAAAAUAUUAAUUAAACUCAUUAAACUAUUCUCACAACCAAACUAUACUUACAACCUAGCUGCAAUAUAAUAUUUUUGUUUGUAAAAAAUGCUAAUUUACUGGGUACCCCUUUGGAAGAUUUUUGUUGGUCGGUUGGGGGGGGGGGGGGUGUCCCAUUUUCAACAACUUUCGGGUGUAGUUGAGGCCUAUCCUAAAAUGUAGUGCAGUCUGUGAUAACUCAGAACUGAGCAGCGAGCUAGCAUCAAAACUGUUGGUGUCCGUGAGAGGGGGUAGAAGUGUCGUGUUGUUCUAUCUACUCUCCAACCCGUUCUGUUUGUGUCCUUGUGUUCCAUUACAUUAUCAGCACGUGUGAUAUGCGGCGGGGUAACAGAUAUCGAAUACGGGGAAAUAACCGCUCAAUACUUUACAGCCUUGACCUUGCGUGUCAAUCUGUCACGUGACUCGUUUAGCGUGACCCUGCAACAACAAAAUAAUAAUAAUAAUAAUGAUGCAGCUGCGUGGUGAUUUGUUCCAUAAAAAUAUCCACCUACAGAUCAGCCCUACUCUCCAAAAUAAUGCCAUUGUACACUCUCUACUUUCACCGCAUGGACUUUAAACCCUAUUGUUUUUAUCCCCCCCAGAUUACAUGAGCACAUUGAUAGCUCGCCUGGCCGUCAACAAGGCUGCCUCCUCGGAGGUCAGCUGGUACAACUACACCGAGAACUUCAGCCACACGGAGCUCAAGUACUCGUACAGGUUCACGUGCGAGAAGAACUACUACGGCGCCAACUGUGCGGAGCUGUGCCGGCCCAGGGACGACAAGUUCGGCCACUUCUGGUGCAGUGCCAACGGCACCAAGGUCUGCCUCAACGGCUGGACGGGGGAUUACUGCGAAAUAGGUCAGUGGGUAGUCAGUGGCUGAAAUUUGUCAUUUGGUAAUCGAUGGCUGAAAUAGGUCAUUUGGUAAUCAAUGGAUGAAAUAGGUCAUUUGGUAAUCAAUGGCUGAAAUAGGUCAUUUGGUAGUCUUCUUCUUCUUCUAGUCGAUGGCUGAAAUAGGUCAGUUGGUAAUCAGCGGUUGAAAUAUGAUCCUACAAGGUUUCCCAAAAAUAAGUUUUCUAUGAAAAAUGUAAAAUCAAUGUAAAUUUCUUUACAAUGCAAUAACCAUCAUGUAUGAUAGACAAAUAUGCUUAUAAAAGUAUAUAUAUAUAUAUAUAUAUAUAUAUAUAUAUAUAUAUAUAUAUAUAUAUAUAUAUAUAUAUAUAGGUUUGAGUGAAUAUAACACAGAGUAGAAGUGUGAGAGAGUGUUUCUGUGUGUGUAAAAGACAGAGUUAAAGUGAGAUAAAAUGAGUGAGGCAGUUCCUCAAUGAGUACAACACUGAGUUGAAAUGGGUGAGGCAGUUCCUCAGUGAGUACAACACUGAGUUGAAAUGGGUGAGGCAGUUCCUCAGUGAGUACAACACUGAGUUAAAAUGAGUGAGGCAGUUCCUCAAUGAGUACAACACUGAGUUGAAAUGGGUGAGGCAGUUCCUCAGUGAGUACAACACUGAGUUGAAAUGGGUGAGGCAGUUCCUCAGUGAGUACAACACUGAGUUGAAAUAGGUGAGGUGGUUGCUCAGUGUAAUAAGCCAAACUUGGAUCCAUGUUAUGCCCCAGUUGUACAGUUGUAGGCACAAAUAAUUGAGUAAAUCCAGCCAUCUGUCACCCUCUGUCAUCAAUGACUAAUCACGUAGAUUAUGAGGGGGGGGGCACGAUCUGGAGAUGGGUAUGCAGACUUGUUGACCCUCAAACUCUUCAAAUCGUACACUAUCAUCACAAAAUCGUUUAAAACAUUAUCUUAAUUGUAAAAUGAUAAACCUACAGUAUAAACAUGUAGACACCUUAAAAUCGUACAAUGUACGCCAAAAUCGUAAGAGUAAACAGUUCUGGGUAUGGGGAACACUUUUAUUGGGGAUGGGGGCAUUGUACUAGCAGAUAGGGUUGUUCCUCAGAGAAUCCAUUUGCUAAUGCAGAAAUGAUAGUUAGGUAAUUUUUUUUUUUUAGUUUUUACUUUGAAUAUGUACUAGAUAGUAGUUCUAAGCCUGUUGAUUUCUCUAGUGUUUACCUGAGUUUGAAUCUUUCCAUUCUCCAGCUGUUUGUCUCCCUGGGUGUGACCCUGACAAUGGUUUGUGCAAUGAACCCAAUGAGUGCAAGUGAGUAAAUCUUUCAUACACUUACACAAGCCAUUCAUUGACCUGUGGUGCAAUAUUUUAUACAUUUACACAAGCCAUUCAUUGAUCCCUGGUGCAAUAUUUCAUAUACUUACACAAGCCAUUCAUUGAUCCCUGGUGCAAUAUUUCAUACACUUACACAAGCCAUUCAUUGAUCCGUGGUGCAAUAUUUCAUACACUUACACAAGCCAUUCAUUGAUCCGUGGUGCAAUAUUUCAUACACUUACACAAGCCAUUCAUUGACCUGUGGUGCAAUAUUUCAUACACUUACACAAGCCAUUCAUUGAUCCGUGGUGCAAUAUUUCAUACACUUACACAAGCCAUUCAUUGACCUGUGGUGCAAUAUUUCAUACACUUACACAAGCCAUUCAUUGAUCCGUGGUGCAAUAUUUCAUACACUUACACAAGCCAUUCAUUGACCUGUGGUCGUUAUAAAGUAUGUGAAUGUGUUCGGUAAGUAACUAGGGUGGUGCAAUAUUUCAUACACUUACACAAGCCAUUCAUUGACCUGUGGUGCAAUAUUUCAUACACUUACACAAGCCAUUCAUUGAUCCCUGGUGCAAUAUUUCAUACACUUACACAAGCCAUUCAUUGAUCCCUGGUGCAAUAUUUCAUACACUUACACAAGCCAUUCAUUGAUCCCUGGUGCAAUAUUUCAUACACUUACACAAGCCAUUCAUUUAUCUGUGGUGCAAUAUUUCAUACACUUACACAAGCCAUUCAUUGACCUGUGGUGCAAUAUUUCAUACACUUACACAAGCCAUUCAUUGAUCCGUGGUGCAAUAUUUCAUACACUUACACAAGCCAUUCAUUGACCUGUGGUGCAAUAUUUCAUACACUUACACAAGCCAUUCAUUGAUCCCUGGUGCAAUAUUUCAUACACUUACACAAGCCAUUCAUUGACCUGUGGUGCAAUAUUUCAUACACUUACACAAGCCAUUCAUUGACCUGUGGUGGAUAAUAUUUCUUUUCUAUUUUUAUUAUUCUAAAUUGUUAAAAUCAAAUAAAAAAUAUUUGACUAACUUGAGAAGUAGCUCACUAAUAUAAAUAUAAUAUAAAUGGACAGUUGUUAAAUAUAUAUAAAGGACAGCUCACUAAUAUAAGUGUGCAACUGUUGACCUGUAUAACUUGAAUUAUUAAAUAAUUGUAAACUUAAAACAUUGCAGUAAUCAAACUGCUACUUGCAUAUUGAUGAGUGAACUGCUUGCGUAUUGAUGAGUGAACUGCUUGUGUAUGGAUGAGUGAACUGCUUUUCUUUCUUUGCAGAUGUAAGAUUGGUUGGCAGGGGCAGUUCUGUAACAAGUGCAUACCUUACCCUGGCUGUCAGAGGGGAUCGUGUGAGAAGCCCUGGCAGUGCAACUGUAAUGAGGGCUGGGGCGGGCUGUUCUGUAAUCAAGGUAAGUUGGAUUUUUACCCGACAAUCUGUUUAUUGACAUUGGUACAGCAAUGUGGCUUCUUUAGACAUUGUUAUUUACUGGCACUUGGAUAACACAUGAGUAACAAUGAAAAACCUUCUUUUCUUUUUUUUUAAUUAUAUAUAUAAAUUUUUUUUUGCAGACUUGAAUUUCUGCACACACAACAAACCUUGCAGGAAUGGUGGUUUGUGCACCAACACAGGGCAAGGUAGCUACACGUGUACCUGUGUGGGCAGCUACACAGGGGUCAACUGUGAGCGGGAGCUGGAUGACUGCAAUGCUAAGCCCUGUUCAAACAAUGGCAUUUGUAAGGUGAGUCACUAAUCUCUGGGCCAAAAUUGUAAGGUGAGUCACUAAUUUCUGGGCCAAAAUUGUAAGGUGAUUCACUAAUUUCUGGGCCAAAAUUGUAAGGUGAGUCACUAAUUUCUGGGCCAAAAUCGUAAGGUGAGUCACUAAUUUCUGGGCCAAAAUUGUAAGGUGAGUCACUAAUUUCUGGGCCAAAAUUGUAAGGUGAGUCACUAAUUUCUGGGCCAAAAUUGUAAGGUGAGUCACUAAUUUCUGGGCCAAAAUUGUAAGAUGAGUCACUAAUUUCUGGGCCAAAAUUGUAAGGUGAGUCACUAAUUUCUGGGCCUCAGUGACACAGGUGAGUCACUAAUCUCCAGGCCAAAAUUGUAAGGUGAGUCACUAAUCUCUAGGCCACAGUGACACAGGUGAGUCACUAAUUUCUGGGCUACAGUGACACAGGUGAGCCACUAAUUUCUGGGCUGCAGUGACACAGGUGAGUCACUAAUCUCUGGGCCACAGUGACACAGGUGAGCUCAGCUCAGAAGACAUCAACAUUUGAACAGUCCUCUUGAAGCAGCAAAUAAGAACUUUUUAAUAUCUUGGCAAAUGAGACUUUAUUUAUUAUCUUGAAACACCAAAUGUGAUUUUUUUAAACCAAUUUGUGUAGACAAGUAAUGAUGGUUUUAAUAUCUAUUUCAGGACAUUGGUAAUGGCUUCCAGUGCCAGUGCCCGCAGGGGUUCUAUGGCCGACAGUGCGAGCGGGAGGCAAUGUCCUGUAAGGCCACACCCUGCUUGUACGGGGGGACGUGCAUGGAAAAAGAUGAGACAUAUUACUGCCUGUGUCAGCCGGGAUACACCGGCCGCAACUGCGAUAUUGAUAUCAACGAGUGCGAAUCUUUACCUUGUCUCAACGGUAAGUUGUCUCACCUCACGGUGCCAUCUUGGUUUGAUCCUGUGUUGGGUCGUUAUAGAGAUGCAGAGACGGCGCUGUAAUGUAGGUGUUCACUCCAAUGCCGGUAACUCAAAGCAAGAUUUAGCUGGGUUUCUUUCUCUAUCUCUGCUAGCCUUAACGACAAGCUAAGUUCUUUGAACAUUGCUUCAAUGGCAGCGAUCAAUCCAAGAAAGGGGUCAAAUCUAAUUUGGCCUUAUUUGUGUCAACUAAGUCUUAAAUCAAGUAAAUGUGUGUCCUAGAAGGUGGGUCCGUCCCAGAAGAUGGGUCUGUCCUAGAGGGUGGGUCUGUCCUAGUAGGUGGGUGUGUCCUAGUAGGUGGGUGUGUCCUAGUAGGUGGGUCUGUCCUAGUCGGUGGGUCUGUCCUAGAAGAUGGGCGCGUCAUAGAAGAUGGGCGCGUCCUAGAAAGUGGGUGUGUCCUAGAAGAUGGGUGUCCUACCAUUUCAUGUUAUAUUUUUUAAAGACUUGACCUACCAAAGACUUGUCAAUGACGUUUGACCUGUUGCAGCUGGUUUAGUCAGGCUGUCAAAAUGUGUAAAGUAAGAUCAAUGACCUAUAUUUGUAACAUUUGCUAGCCAUUGAUCUGGACACAACACUCUCUGUGCAUAGCUACAGAAACACUGUCUGUGCAUAGCUACAGAAACACUAUCUGUGCAUAGCUACACAAACACUAUCUGUGCAUAGCUACACAAACACUAUCUGUGCAUAGCUACACAAACACUAUCUGUGCAUAGCUACAGAAACACUCUCUGUGCAUAGCUACACAAACACUAUCUGUGCAUAGCUACACAAACACUCUCUGUGCAUAGCUACACAAACACUAUCUGUGCAUAGCUACACAAACACUCUCUGUGCAUAGCUACACAAACACUCUCUGUGCAUAGCUACACAAACACUCUCUGUGCAUAGCUACACAAACACUCUCUGUGCAUAGCUACACAAACACUCUCUGUGCAUAGCUACACAAACACUCUCUGUGCAUAGCUACACAAACACUCUCUGUGCAUAGCUACACAAACACUCUCUGUGCAUAGCUACACAAACACUAUCUGUGCAUAGCUACACAAACACUAUCUGUGCAUAGCUACACAAACACUCUCUGUGCAUAGCUACACAAACACUCUCUGUGCAUAGCUACACAAACACUAUCUGUGCAUAGCUACACAAACACUCUCUUUGCAUAGCUACACAAACACUCUCUGUGCAUAGCUACACAAACACUAUCUGUGCAUAGCUACACAAACACUCUCUGUGCAUAGCUACACAAACACUCUCUGUGCAUAGCUACACAAACACUCUUUGCAUAGCUACACAAACACUCUCUGUGCAUAGCUACACAAACACUCUGUGCAUAGCUACACAAACACUCUCUGUGCAUAGCUACACAAACACUCUCUGUACAUAGCUACACAAACACUAUCUGUGCAUAGCUACACAAACACUCUCUGUGCAUAGCUACACAAACACUCUCUGUGCAUAGCUACACAAACACUAUCUGUGCAUAGCUACACAAACACUAUCUGUGCAUAGCUACACAAACACUAUCUGUGCAUAGCUACACAAACACUCUCUGUGCAUAGCUACACACUCUCUGUACAUAGCUACACAAACACUCUCUGUACAUAGCUACACAAACACUCUCUGUACAUAGCUACACAAACACUCUCUGUACAUAGCUACACAAACACUCUCUGUACAUAGCUACACAAACACUUAAUGAAAGUUAAUUGGAUGUUAUCAAAUAUUGUGAUUUGGUCCUCAGGUGGGCGCUGCUCGGACCAACUAAAUGGAUACCGCUGUGUCUGCCCGACGGGAUUCAGUGGCCCCGAAUGCCAAAUAAAUGACGACGACUGCAAGCACAACCCUUGCCUCAACAACGGCAGAUGUGUGGACCUCGUAAACGAUUACAGAUGUCAAUGUCUGGCUGGAUUUGUAGGAACUCUGUGUCAAACCAACGUGGAUGAUUGCGAGACCAUGCCCUGCGCCAACGGUGGCAGCUGUACAGAUCUCGUCAACGACUUCAAAUGUGAUUGUGGCCCGGGCUUCACUGGGAAGUUUUGUAGUCUACAAAUUGACGAGUGCCAGGACAAUCCUUGCCUCAAUGGCGGCAUUUGCAAAGAUUUAUUUGCCGAUUACCAGUGCACUUGCCCCAUAGGAUUUUGGGGCAAAAAUUGUCAGCUGUCGGAAAAUCGCAACGUCAGCACGACCAGUACACAACUGCCCCGUCGAACUCUGACCAGUACUCAACUGCCCAGUCGAACUCUGACCAGUAGCACACCCCCUAGUACCACCAGUGAAACAAGGCCUUUAACUGUGGUCACUGGUGACUCGGCCAGCCAUGUCGGCGUGGAGGGGGAUGACGAGGGCUUGACAACACCACAGCUUCUCAUCAUCGUCUGCCUGGGAGGAGGACUGCCUCUCAUAAUCAUCAUCAUAAUCGUCGCCUACUUCCUGUGUAGGAAACGCUCGUACCUCCAGCGCCACACGCAGCAAAACCUGGAGAACUUGGCUCGGGAGAAGGAGCACAAUUACAUCAACAAUAUGAACAACAAAUGCGGGGACAUGUUCACCACCCUCCCCUCCUCCUCUUCCAACUCCUCCAGCAUAAAGAUCAGCAACGAGGAGCAGCAGGACAUCAACAAGCUGAAUGCCAAGCACAUGAUGCUCAGCUCCAGCAGUUGCUGCUCCGAUGGGGACGGGGGAAUGUCGACCAUCAUGCACAUUUCUAGCAGUAAGCACGGGACCAUGGACAGUAAGGAGUUACCGUCUUGUUCCAACUCGGGACGACCAACGUCGCCGCCCGGCUGCUCAUCUAAAAGAGAUCACUUAGAUUAUGAGCAGCCCUACAGAAGAUUAAAUGUGGAUUCAUUACAGGUGGACACCAGGACCUCUCCCAGGUACGCAUGCUAGUUUGUUGUAUGUCAACAGGGGAUAAUUAUUGGAUGUCUUGUUUGUCCCAUGUACUGAUUACUGUGACCAUUAUAUUACUACUGAUCAGUAUGUUAACAUACUCUGUUAUCUCCAGCUGUAGGCAAAAGAAAAAUUUUUUUAAUGUAAUCAUUUGCGAUUGUUCCAGUGUUUAGGUCUGACCUCAAUUUUAAAAACAUUGUGAGACUAUCUUCUUCAAUCGUUUACUUGCGAGGCUAAAAUUGCUGUCCUAUCGAGCAGAGUGAACAAAAUGUUGCCUUACAUUGCACAUUGAUUAAUCUAUUGGCUGACAACUGAUAUCUGUCAAUCUGAUACUGGGAUGGUUUGACCAGGUGUUUCCAGCUGCUUCCCCCAUCACCCUCCCUAUUUCCUAUCACUCUAUUAUCGCCUUCAACUUCCUCCAUCUCAAUGAAAUUAAUCUCCAAAAUAAUCCCUACCACCUCAAUCCACUCUUACAGUCUCCCCCCAGCCAUGCAUAGAUUUGUCAAAAUCUGUGAUAUAAUAUUCUUUGGGCCUAGAGUAGGUUAAGUUUUAUAAACACAUUAGCCAUGUUCAGUUAUGUGAUCGUUUGGCCAAAGAAAUAUCUCAAGACAAUGUAUGUGUAUAAAGUUUACUCCAUUAUUAGACCAUCUAAAAAUGUUUGCAUUUUUUCCUCUGCAGUGAACACCAUAGUGAUUACUGUUCCGGAGACAUUCACAUCAUGGUUAAACCAACACACAAGUCAGAAUAUGAUACUGCCGAACAAGGGGAAUACCCCAUCAUAGCCAAAGAGCAUCGGCCUAAAGACAAUGCCCCGAUUUAUCAGGGUUAUAAUUCCAACAUGGCCUCACCGGUUGGCCCCUCACCAGCACAGCAGCACCCAUUUCAUCGGCACGUGUGCUACGAUGACGACUACUUAGCUACAGAGGUGUGACCUGUCACUUUCAUAGUCACCUGUGGUCAGACUCAUUACCUUUCACUGCCAGAGGUCUCACCAGAAUGUCAAUGUUGUCCCACAGAGGACUGGCCUCACCGCAGAGAGAGUAACCCGACCCUGCCUGUGUUACCUUCCGACAGCUUCUUGUCGGCGGCGGCAUCUGUAGCUGUCUGUGACCAGCACAAGCCUCUGCCUUCUGACUGGACCAGUGGUCAGUGUUCUGUUGUGCUAGCUUGGACUGUAACCUGCAUUAACGUGAACAGUGGUCUUCUCAUCGCCAUGUAGUUAUUCUGCUGGGAACUUCCAACAAACUUUCAAGCGAGUUGUUGUCUAAAUACUGGAAGACAUUCAUCAGCCUGCUUUACACUGUUAUAAGAGACGUCAAAGGUAGCACCGAAUCUCUUGAACUUUUGCUGCAGAUUAAGCAAGUUUUGCCAGUCUCAUCUAAGGGAGUGUGGCUCUUGUGUGUUGACAUUCAGCAAUGAACAAUUCUCUACACACAAAAAACACCAAAAAAUCAACAACAGUAAAAGGGUCACACUUUGACAGGCGAAGUAAUUAUGUACCAAAAAACAUUUGAAUUUGAUGGGAUUUUAUUUUAUUUUUUCCAUGUAAGCAAGGUAUCACCCCCGUCCAGUAAAUCACCUGCAUCAAUGAAUGUACUUAACUCCAUUAUCACAUUUCAGAUUUUUUUGUGGUUUCUUUUUUGGCUUGUAAUUUUAGUCGACAUAAUCUCACUUGAUACAAAAAAUGGCAAUUGGGUCUCUGCUUUGUGUGGACACAUUCUCACCACUGAACCUCAAUUCCAAGCAGUGCUUCUUUAACUAUGUAAACAUCACGUAAAUAUGUUGCAUCAUUAAAACCAAAAAAAAGGUUAAGCCAUAACCCAUUUUUUAAAAUGCUAUCUGCCAUUCUA